CGGAGAAACACCGCUGAAUGCCACAAUGCUUAACGGAAUAUGACACACGUUACAAUAAACAAGAUUAAAGUUGAGAUUAGGCUCAAACAAAGUAUGUUUUAGUUGUGAUUUAUUAUUAUUACUUUUUGAGGAUUUGAGCAUAAGUGUAUUGUGACAUACAAAAAAAAGAAAAAAAAAACUAUAGACGGUGUUGAUUUAAUUUUUUUGUUUUGUUCUUUUAGAAGUGAUCAAAGUGUUCCUCACAUGGAUUACUGAGAACCAUAUUACAAUAAAAAAAAAUUUUGUUUGUUUUUAUUUUUUUAAACAAAGGAGGGCUUGCUGAAUUUUAUCAGUGUAUUGGCUCUGGAGCAAGAACAUGAUGUCAGAGUCACAGUUACAGAAGUGUUUACUCCACAUUUCUUAACUUUUUGGGGAAAUGCCCUCAGCAAUUAUUAACUGGUUCUGAUUUGAACUGGGGUCUUUGCUCUGCUUUGUCCUACGGUUUUUGAAUUUCUGACAAAAUGUGCACGACAUGCUUUGGAUUUAUUCUGCUGAUUUGGUUUCCAGGACUAUUACAUGCACAAAGUGCAGUUCAGCCUUGUCGGGCUCCCAGACUGGUUGGUGGUUAUUUUGUCCCUGAUGAACAAAUUUAUGCUCAUGAAACCGAGCUGACUUAUGCCUGUGAUGAAGGACUUAAACCAGUUGCGGAGGGUUGGUGGGCAACCAGCACAUGUCAAAAUGGUAAAUGGUCUCCACAACCACAAUGUAUAGAUGAAAAUGCCUGCAUCCCAAUAACUAUCCCCAAUUCAAAAUACACUGAAAAUGAAAAUGGUUGGUAUGCGCAGGGAGCCACACUAAGGACAACAUGUGACAAAGGAUAUGAACACAAAAACCGAGAUGCAACAGCCAAAUGCGUAAAUGGAACAUGGUCUUCUGUGCCUGUUUGUGAGAAAAGUAGAAGCACAUGCAGUGAGCCCCCUAAAAUCCCACAUGCCGUAAUCAUUCAUCGGGAAUACCAGGAGGUUUUUUUUGCAGAUACAGCAGUACAGUAUGAAUGUGAAGAUGGAUAUACUGUAGAGGGGACACACAUCAACAAAUCCAUCAUAUGCAUGAGUGGAGACUGGACUGAAGCCCCACCAUGCAUUAUAGAAACAGGACCAGGUGCUGGUGGUGGUUCUGCAGAGGUGGGAACAAGUGAUAGAGACACAUCUACUGGCCGUGGAACGCAACCUGGGGGUGGAGUCAGAAGACCAGGUGCUGGUGGUGGUUCAGCAGAAGUGGGAACAGGUAGUAGAGACACAUCUACUGGCCGUGGGACGCAACCUGGGGCUGGAGGAUCCUCUACCAGCUCUGGCAGUGGACCUUCAUUCAUUACAAUCGACAACUGUGGGACAUACCCAACUGUUCCAAAUGGUGUUGUUGUGCAAGAGGAUCGAAUGUAUUUAAAAUACAAAUGUAAUUCUUUUUACACACAAGUCGGUUUAGACACCGUGGUGUGUCAAAGCGAUGGCACUUGGUCACAACCACCCACCUGCAAAGAGGCAUUCUGUGUCAUGAGCCCUGGUCGUUAUGACACUGGUUUAACAUUACACACAUCUGAAUAUAUAAAGGAAGGAGAGACAAAGAAUCUUCAGUGUAUUUGGCGGGAUUAUACACUGGCUGUUCAAUGCAGUAAUGGAAAAAUAACUCGUACCAGAUGUAAGUAUGUAUGUAAGCUCUUUGUGUUUUAGCUUGUCACAAUGCUUUUAGCCUCAGCCUUUUUAUUUUUAGUUCACAUCUUCUCAGGCGAGAAUGUGGUAGGUGAUCAAUUUGUUCCAAAUAUGAAAGAUCCCCACACUAAAU